AGCAAAAAGACCUGCAGCAGGGCAGGGGAAGCGACACGUCGUUUGGUACUGGGCGUCGCUUAUUUGUCGGACUGUUUCUCUAUGUAAUAGCCGCAGAAAGCACAUAUGCACUAAUAUUUGUAUGACAAAUUGAAGGAAAAGAAGCGUGUAGAGCCCGACACUCUUCUGCAAAAUACAAUAGUCUUGUGAUCAGAUUAGAGUAGGCGGAAGUGAGGUCAGGGAGGCAGUCUGUCUCCUCCAUGUUAUUGUUGUUGUGAUUGUGUGAUCAUUGAUAUAGACGGGAGACCAGAGACCCUCCUGAGCAGGCUGGGAUUACAUUGUUGUAUAGAGACUAACGGGACACACGCAUAAUCUGUCAGUAGCGUGCGCAAUUCUGUAAACUACGGAGUAGUUGCCACUAGUCUGCGAGGUUACAGUUGUAAUUGUGCUCGUGUUCAAAUAAUAUUCGCCUGCUGCUGCUGACAUGAACGGCAUCACGAAGGGCAGGUUUGAGGUUUUCUCAAACAACGAUGAGGCACCUAUUAACAAGAAGCUUCCAAAAGAACUCCUACUUAGAAUAUUUUCCUAUCUGGAUGUGAUUACCUUGUGCCGAUGUGCCCAGGUGUCUAAGGCAUGGAAUGUCUUAGCAUUAGACGGAAGUAACUGGCAAAAAAUAGACUUGUUCAACUUUCAGACAGAUAUAGAGGGUCGUGUGGUGGAGAACAUCUCAAAGCGGUGUGGAGGGUUCCUGCGGCAGCUCAGUCUCAGGGGGUGUCUCAGUGUGGGGGACGCAGCGAUGAGGACAUUUGCCCAGAACUGCAGAAACAUUGAGAAUUUAAACCUCAAUGGCUGCACAAAGAUCACUGACAGCACAUGUAUUAGCCUUAGCAAAUUCUGUUCCAAACUGAAAUUUUUGGACUUAACAUCGUGUGUGACUCUAACAAACAACUCUUUAAAGGCUGUAAGUGAGGGCUGCAGAAAUCUGGAGCACCUGAACAUUUCUUGGUGUGAUCAAAUGACUAAGGAUGGUAUUGAAGCUCUGGUGAGAGGAUGUGGCGGUCUAAGAGCUUUAUUUCUUAGAGGCUGCACACAGCUCGAUGAUGAAGCACUGAAGCACCUUCACAAGCACUGUCCAGAACUCAUGACGAUCAACAUGCAGUCUUGUACACUGGUCUCAGAUGAAGGAUUAGUAAGUUUAUGCAGAGGAUGCCAUAAACUUGAAAUUCUGUGUCUCUCCGGGUGUUCAAACAUCACUGAUGCUUCCCUGACAGCCCUUGGGUUCAACUGCCCCAGACUCAAAAUUCUUGAGGGUGCAAGAUGUUCCCAUUUGACAGACGCUGGUUUCACAGUUUUAGCCAGGAAUUGUCAUGAGCUGGAGAAGAUGGAUUUAGAAGAAUGUAUUCUGGUCACCGAUAACACUCUUGUCCAGCUCUCUAUUCACUGUCCUAGACUCCAGGCUCUGAGUUUAUCUCACUGUGAGCUCAUCACGGAUGACGGUAUCCGCCACCUCAGUAACAGCACCUGCGGACACGAGCGGCUGCAGGUGGUGGAGCUGGACAACUGUCCCCUGAUCACUGACGUCACCCUGGAGCACCUGAAGAGCUGCCCCAAUCUGGAGAGGAUUGAGCUGUACGACUGCCAGCAGGUGACCCGCGUGGGAAUCAAGAGGAUCCGGGCACACCUGCCAGAGAUCAAGGUUCAUGCCUACUUCGCCCCUGUCACCCCUCCUCCCUCAGUGGGCGGCAGCGGCCAGCGCCUCUGCAGAUGCUGCAUCAUUCUUUGACAGUGGACUCCCUGGAGCAGAUCUGUGUAACAUAUACUGAAAAACCUUUGGACAGACCUGGAUUGAUGUUCAACUGGAUGAGCAGAAGCAUAGGGAUACAAUACAUCACAAUGAGCAAGUAAGAAGUGAAGUGAUUUUUAAAACCCAAAAAGUAAUGACUAAAGCUAAGGUUUGCAAUUUUAGAAAAGCAAACUAUGAAGGUAUGAAACAGAGACUAACAGAAGUAGAUUGGAGUAAAAUAGAGAAAACAUCCACAGAAAAAGGAUGGCUGUUUUUUAAAAAUGUAGUACUAGAGGUGCAAAAGAAUUACAUCCCAAAAGUAAACAAAUCCUAAAUCUAAAACAAAAUGGUUUUAUAGAUCAAUUAAAAAAAAUAUUCAGCCAAAAAAGGCACUUUACAGAGCGUUUAAAAAGGACCAAAAACAAAGUACAUAGAAAGAGUCCUUGAAACUGCAAACACAAGUCAAAAAGGAAGUUAGAAAGGCCAAGAGAGAGAUUGAAAUCAACAUUGCUAAGGGGGUUAAAACCAAUUCCAAAAUGUUUUUCCAAUAUUAUAACAGCAAGAGAACUUUCAAAGAGGAGGUUAAAUGUCUAAGAGACACAAAUGGCAAAAUCAUAUAUUAAAUGAUUACUUUUCACAGUUUUUUACAAAGGAGGACACGGACAACAUGCCCCACGUGUCAACCUUUUCCUAUCCAGUUUUAAAUAACAGGCAGAAGUGUUAAAGGGACUAGGAGCUCUUAAAAGAAACAAAUCCCCUGGGCCGGAUGAGAUCCUCCCAAUAGUACUCAAAUAAAUGAAAGAAGUUAUUUACAAAAAGCUAACCAUGAUCAUGCAACUUUUGACACGGGUUGUAGCGACAGACUGGAAAAUUGCAAACGUAAUACCGAUCCACAAAAAGGGAGACAAAACCGAACCAAGUAACUACAGACCAAUAAGCCUGACUUCUAUUAUAUGUAAACUUAUGGAAACUAUAAUAAGAUCCAAAAUGGAAAAUUGCCUAUAUGGUAAAAAUAUCCUGGGAGACAGUCAGCAUGGUUUCAGGAAAGGGAGAUCGUGUCUAACUAACCUGCUUGAUUUUUUUGAGGAUGCAACAUCGACAAUGGAUAAUUGCAAAGCAUAUGACAUGGUUUAUUUAGAUUUCCAGAAAGCUUUUGACAAAGUCCAGCAUAGAAGAUUAAUUCUCAAACUGAACGCAGUAGGGAUUCAAGGAAAUGCAUGCACAUGGAUUAGGGAGUGGUUAACAUGUAGAAAACAGAAAGUACUGAUUAGAGGAGAAACCUCAAAAUGGAGCGAGGUAACCAGUGGUGUACCACAGGGAUCAGUAUUAGGUCCUCUGCUAUUCCUAAUCUACAUUAAUGAUUUAGAUUCUGGUAUAGUAAGCAAACUUGUUAAAAUUAAAUUAAAAUUAAAAUAGGAGGAGUGGCAAAUACUGUUGCAGCAGCAAAGGUCAUUCAAAAUGAUCUGGACAGCAUUCAGAACUGGGCAGACACAUGGCAAAUGACAUUUAAUAGAGAAAAGUGUAAAGUACUGCACGCAGGCAAUAAAAAUAUGCAUUAUAAAUAUCAUAUGGGAGAUAAUGAAAUUGAAGAAGGGAUCUAUGAAAAACCUAGGAGUUUAUGUUGACUCAGAAAUGUCUUCAUCUAGACAAUGUGGGGAAGCUAUAAAAAAGGCCAACAAGAUGCUCAGAUAUAUUGUGAGAAGUGUUGAAUUUAAAUCAAGGGAAGUAAUGUUAAAACUUUACAAUGCAUUAGUAAGACCUCAUCUAGAAUAUUGUGUUCAGUUCUGGUCACCUUGUUAAAAAAGGAUAUUGCUGCUCUAGAAAGAGUGCAAAGAAGAGCGACCAGAAUUAUCCCGGGUUUAAAAGGCAUGUCGUAUGCAGACAGGUUAAAAGAAAUGAAUCUAUUCAGUCUUGAACAAAGAAGACUACGCGGCGAUUUGAUUCAACCAUUCAAAAUCCUAAAAGGUAUAGACAGUGUCGACCCAGGGGACUUUUUUUUACCUGAAAGUCACAAAUGGAGAUUAGAUAAAGGGGCAUUCAGAACAGAAAAUAGGAGGCACUUUUUUACACAGAGAAUUGUGAGGGUCUGGAACCAACUCCCCAGUAAUGUUGUUGCAGCUGACAGCCUGGGAUCCUUCAAGAAGCUGCUUGAUGAGAUUCUGGGAUCAAUAAGCUACUAACAACCAAAUGAGCAAGAUGGGCCAAAUGGCCUCCUCUCAUUUGUAAACAUUCUUAUAUACUCGUCAAUUCCAAAAUUGAAAUUAUGACUGGUAGCUGUUAAUUUAAAAAAAGGAUACUGCUGGAACGGUAUUUGUUCAGUACAGAAAAGGCAAUAUGGAACAGGACUGGCUACAGCAAUCUAGGAUGCCUAUCGAAUUCAGCACAAAAACAUGAGCGUUCCCAAAGUCACAUGUGAACCACUGUAACUCAAAGCCUUUGGACAAACCCGGACUGAUGUUCAACUGGAUGAGCAGAAGCGUAGGGAUACAAUACAUCACAGUGACAAUUAAAACGCUUAAUUGAUUCUGUUGUUUACCUUGGCAAGCAAGAACUGGCAUUGAGAAGGCACCAAUUCCUCAAAUAGAGGUAAUUAUGUGGAAUUAUCUCCUCUGAUUUCUGACUACGACAGCAUGUUACGCAAUCACUUAUCAAUACCCACAGUAUUCUCAGGUACCUCUAACAAGACUCAGAACGGCUGAAUCUCUUCGGUGCCUCAGGUUCUGCUAGAUGCAGAAGUAGUACAGGAAGGAAGCCAAGUAUGUAGCUAUAAUGGUAGAUUAAACAACCGUGUUUUUAGGUAUGUGACUGACAGUGGCCCAAAAGAACGGUUGUUCUGUGAAAAUGUGUUACAUUUACUAAAAUAAUAAUAAUAAUAAUAAUAAUAAUAAUAAUAAUAAUAAUAAUAAUGCUUUUAAAAGACCAAAUUCCCAUUGGGAUUAUUAUUAUUUUUUUUUUUUUUUUAGAUUCUAUUGAUUUUUUAGUAUUAAUAUGCAGGGCAGCCGCUAUAAUAUCAUUACCUUUAUUAAAAAUGUGCACAGAUGAAUCUACCGAUAAAACAUUUUAAUCGAUUGACAGCCGUAAUAUAUAUAUAUAUAUAUAUAUAUAUAUAUAUAUAUAUAUAUAUAUAUAUAGUACUGUGCAAAAGUUUUAGGCAGAUGUGAAAAAAUGCUGUAAAGUAAGAAUGCUUUCAAAAAUAGACAUGUUAAUAGUGGAUAUUUCAGGGUUUUUUUUUAUUUUUCUUAAAAAUAUUUUCCAACAUAAAACCAAUGUCAUCUUACAAUAAUUGAUUUUGAGUUUCAGUGUUUUAAAAUAAAAUAUCAAACAGAACGAAAUUUCAAUGUACCAUUUGUAAUUCAGUAAUAUGAGAGAAUUGGUCAGGGGUCUGAAUACUUUUACAAAGCACUGUGUGUGUGUGUGUGUGUGUGUGUAUAUAUAUAUAUAUAUAUAUAUAUAUAUAUAUAUAUAUAUAUAUAUAUAUAUAUAUAUAUACACACUGUAUAUAGAUGAAUGAAUGUCAACUUGCCUGCAACUAUUAGGAUAUUUAAACAAACAUAUAUUUAAAAAUCAAGGCACACUACAGUAUAUUCAUAUAUUUAUAGUUUUUUUAUAUACACUUUAAUGAAGUAGAGGUAACAGCAAUGCUCCUUGUAACAGCCCUGGACUUGGGCUUCAGCUGUACCCUAUACAGAACUAUUAUUUCCAGACCUUAAUUUAGCAGUUAAGUAACAUUUCCACAAAACUGAGAAUAUUUUACAACAUUAGUCUUCAGGAAGUACGAUAGGGAUGCUGACAAGUUUUCACAGUGUUUUUUUAAAAAAUUGGUAAGCAUGUAAAGAAGUCGCUAUUCAGCAAACAGUGCUGCGCAUUACUGCAAUAAGAGAGUCUUCUGCACCCAACAAGAAAGCAGCUUUUUAAAAAUGAUCAUCAAUUCUUUCUGAAUAUAGAAACAGUUAUUUUCAUAAAUGAUUGCUUCCAUUAAACUUUGGUUAUGGAUUUUGCUUCUGUGUUUCGUCACUAGUAGACCAAGGUCAGCCUUCCUGUUUUUGUUUUCAUUUUGAACCUCUGAUAUUACAAAGACAUUUGGGUGUAAAAGAGUAGGAAUUGCAGGUGUGCUCCCCUGUUGGACUCCUGGCUACUUGAAGUGUAUUACUACAUGUGUUAGUGCUAUGCAAUCUGAUGCUAUAGCCAGAGAAUAAAAACUAACAGUACUUUUUUUUUCUACAGCUCAUGAAAACCGAUACUUUAAUAAUCUUUAAAAACAUGCCUUCAUUGAAAUGCAAAAGUGACUAUAAAAUGCAUAAUUGAAUCGCACUUGUUCUAAGAUGUGGCAUGUUCUUAAACUCAAAUCAAAUUUAUCAACAAUAAUGUACUGUAAGGGUGGUUAAGGGCUCUAACCCUUUGCAUUAUUUUGGGUGUAACCGAACAACCUUUUGUGGUCAUAUCUGCUUAAGAAAUCUGUUUCUUUGUUAGCAAAGCACUGUUGUUUUUUCUUUCCUUUUUCUUUCCCUGAAAGAAUACCUGUCGCUAAACUCCCAAAUACCUUGGGCAGACAGUACUUGAUUAAAUAUAAAAAAUAUAUGCCAACGUUACUGAUGUUUACAGAGUGUUAACACUGAGAGUGCAUUUUGCUCCUUUUCAUCGGUACUAAUGCUCUCUGUAGGAAAGUGAUUUAACAUAACCUUUUAUGUUAAAAAUAAGGUGAUUGAUAGUCAAAUUGCUCUGGCUGUUACUAUAAUAGAAAGUUAAUUGAAUAAAUAUUGUUAUCAUAAACGAUUUGUGUUUUAUAUGUACUCCUUUUAAUCUUUUUUUAAAGCUGCACUUCUCUGUUAAACAUUGGUUUUAUUCUCUAUUGGGAAGACAGUAGAUCUGAUAUAAAGAGGCCUGAUGGUAGCAUUUUAGUUUACAGGUGCUUACUGCAUAGAUUGCUUAUGUUUUGCAAUCUCUAUGGGUGAUUCUGGAGAGCCUCCUUACUGCAGAUUUUCACCCUUAACUGUCUCCUGCACAAAUUAUAUAGAGACAGUAAUCACUGGGAAAUGGUCACAUAUCAGUCAUAUAUUUUGACAAAGUCAUAAAAUCUGAGUAAAACCGAGAAAAAUGUUUUUGUUUUUGUCUAGUAGACAAAAUAAAUUUAAAGGAGAAAAAUCCAUGUUACUGUUGCAAAAUGCAAACAAUUUGAGUGAACCAGUGAAAUGGAAAUCAAUUGCCUCUAUCAUUGCACAGUAGAUUCCCAGAUUUUUCCAUUCUCAAUAAAAUUAGCACAGACAAGGACUGGGUCUUGUGACCGAUGGAUUGGAACAUUGGCACAGAAACGCAGAUGAGAUGAAGGUAAAAAAAAAAAAAAAGCUGUGCCUUGGUCUAAUUUAAAACAAGGAAAAAUAUAAUGAGAAUCAGGUAUCCUAAUAUGUGUGCCAGUGGAAAGUAUCUUGUACAGAUCUGGAGACUGCACCUGGUCAAUGUAUUGACAAUAAAGACACAGUGUACCUACAAGUUUAUACAGUCAGCACUCGGAUAUACAACGUUUUACCGUCCUUGUAUUAAGAAACAAUUCAAUCCCCAUUAUAUAUA